AUGCGAAUUCUCUCAGAUGUCCGAAUUUCACUUCAAAAGCGACAACCGCUAAACCUUGAAUUGAAGUCACGAACGACGGUUGCAGAAAGCCAAGGCAAUGCGACGAUCUACGCAUGGAGUUCUUGGGGUUCUUGGAGUACCUGCUCUAGAAGUUGUGGUGGAGGAGUAGCUGUACAAGAACGACAGUGCCUGCCUAGAGAUCCAGCCAGCUACUCGAUAGAUAAUCGCAUAGAUAAAUCUAUAAGCACCACCUCUAACGUUUUAUCUCUUGGUAGAGGUCCAAGAUACAAGUCAUCGCUGAGCUGUCAAGAGUUCCCUGUACCACUGAAUAGGUUUAAUGCCUAUUUACAACGACAGAUCGCAGUCUAA